GGAGCCGCGAGACGCGCGGGCGGGCGCUCUGCGCAACUUUUUAGUUUGGGCGUCUGGGGCCGAAGUUUCUGUCUCAGUCGGGACGCCGCCGCGGCCGGGGCGAAGAAAGGGAGGAAGGAAGGAGCUCGGGGAGGGCAGGGAAGGCUCGGCGGCCUCGGGCACGGAGUGCAGGGCGAUGCGGGCGCGCGACGCAGCCCCCCGAGCCUGAGCGCAGCGCCCCAGCGUCGAGCGAGGCCGCAGCCAUGGAGCCCGCGCAGCAGCCGCCGCCCCAGCCAGCCCCGCAAGGCCCCGCGCCGUCCUCGGCGCCCGGGCCUCCGGCGGGGACCCCCACGGCCCCGCCCGCGCCCCCGGCCGGCCACCAGGUCGUGCACGUCCGCGGAGACUCGGAGACCGACCUGGAGGCGCUCUUCAACGCCGUCAUGAACCCCAAGACGGCCAACGUGCCUCAGACCGUGCCCAUGCGGCUUCGCAAGCUGCCCGACUCCUUCUUCAAGCCACCCGAGCCCAAGUCCCACUCGCGACAGGCCAGCACCGAUGCAGGCACUGCGGGAGCUCUGACCCCACAGCACGUGCGAGCUCACUCCUCGCCAGCAUCCCUGCAGCUGGGAGCCGCUUCUCCUGGGACGCUCACACCCACUGUGGUCCCUGGCCCGGCCGCUACCCCUGCAGCACAUCUCCGACAGUCUUCCUUUGAGAUUCCUGAUGAUGUACCGCUGCCAGCAGGCUGGGAGAUGGCCAAGACAUCUUCUGGUCAGAGAUACUUCUUAAAUCACAUCGAUCAGACAACAACAUGGCAGGACCCCCGGAAGGCCAUGCUCUCGCAACUGAACGUCCCUGCGCCUGCCAGCCCAGCCGUGCCCCAGACCCUGAUGAACUCGGCCUCAGGACCUCUUCCCGAUGGAUGGGAGCAAGCCAUGACUCAGGAUGGAGACGUUUACUACAUAAACCAUAAGAACAAGACCACGUCCUGGCUGGACCCAAGGCUUGACCCUCGUUUUGGUAAAGCCAUGAACCAGAGAAUCACUCAGAGUGCUCCAGUGAAGCAGCCGCCACCCUUGGCUCCCCAGAGCCCACAGGGAGGCGUCCUGGGUGGGGGCAACUCCAACCAGCAGCAGCAGAUGCAGCUGCAGCAGCUGCAGAUGGAGAAGGAGAGACUGCGGUUGAAGCAGCAAGAAUUACUGCGGCAGGUGAGGCCACAGGCAAUACGGAAUAUCAAUCCCAGCACAGCAAAUGCUCCAAAAUGUCAGGAAUUAGCUCUCCGAAGCCAGUUGCCCACACUGGAGCAGGAUGGAGGAACUCAGAAUGCCGUGUCUUCUCCUGGGAUGUCUCAGGAAUUGAGAACAAUGACAACCAAUAGUUCAGAUCCCUUCCUUAACAGUGGCACCUAUCACUCUAGAGAUGAGAGCACGGACAGUGGCCUCAGCAUGAGCAGCUACAGUGUCCCUCGGACCCCAGAUGACUUCCUGAACAGUGUUGAUGAAAUGGAUACAGGUGACACUAUCAACCAAAGCACUCUGCCUUCACAGCAGAGUCGUUUCCCAGACUACCUUGAAGCCAUCCCUGGGACAAAUGUGGACCUUGGAACACUGGAAGGAGACGCGAUGAACAUAGAAGGGGAGGAGCUGAUGCCCAGCCUGCAGGAAGCACUGAGUUCCGACAUCCUCAAUGACAUGGAGUCUGUGUUGGCCGCCACCAAGCUAGACAAAGAAAGCUUUCUCACAUGGUUAUAGAGCCUCCCAGUCUGUGAAGGGUCCAUGGAGCCGAAGAUGUGCAUCCCUGAAAUUCAGAUAAGCCAGUGGGCAAGUCUCUGGCUGAUACAGGAGACAGAUGAACAGAUGUCCAGCAGGGAUCUUCAUCCGCUGUUGCGCUCUCCUCUGCCCAUCGCUGCUGUUCAUGUUGCUGACCUCUUCACAGCCGACCCUAAAGACUCAAAACCACAAAACAGCAAACCCUUUGGUUUCUCUUGCUAUGGUAACUACUGUUCUUCGGGGUUGCUGGCGAAUACCCUGUUUGGAUGAUGGAUGGUCUUCCUUUUGGCCAGUGGUGUCUUCACCCAUGAUUUCAGCUGGACACUUGGACUGGGAACUCAAAUGCUUCAUGUCAGAGUGUUUAUUCAAGAGCUGGUUUCUUCGGUUGCCUUUGGCCCUCUGGUCCAACAAGCCAAAAAGCACAGCGGCAUCAUAUGCACAAAAGUACUCAGUGCUGAUGGGAGGGCUCGAAGACUGCUGGGCUUUUUGUUUCUUCUGGUGACACCAUUAGUCACGUGGUGACCUGGAUUUUAUUUUAGAAGCUUAUAAGGCAUGAGACAGUUUCCAUAGACAUAUAUUAAUUAUUGCCACAUACUCUAGGCUAGGUUUGAGUGGUUUUUUUUGUGGGUGCUGGUUGGUUUUUCUUUUUCUUUCUUUCUUUUUUUUUUUUUUUUUUUUUUUUUUUUUUUUUUUUUUUUU